AUGUCGUUUGACGAAGUGCAGGAGGAUUAUUCUUUAGCUCGCGAUCUGGCAAAGAACUCAAGACAUCCUCGAAGUUUUCGAUGGCAACACAGAGGCAACGCCCUUCUUCAAAAGAAAUUGGCUGACCAAUUGGGCGUCUCCAAGACGAUAUACGACCCAGCUAAUACCCUGAGUAAUAGAGCCAAGAAACGUCUCCAGAAAGAAGAAAGUCUGAGUAAUCUCCAGCCAGAUGUGCAAUAUUCGCUAAACAAACACCAGCGAUGGAAAACACUCAGCGUUCCAACGUUGCUGGGAAACAAUGGUCGCUCUAACCUUGAAGUACUCGUUGUUAAUCGUGUCAUCACACCUCGCCGUCUGUCUGCUAUCGAAAAUCUUAAUGUAUCAGAAGUUUAUGCAGAGGAAAAUGGAGCUAUCAGAACGAUUUCUACAAAGGGAAAAGGACACAAGUACUCACAUUUCCAAGCAGCAUUGAGAGAGCGAAGAGAAGUGGACAAAGACGAAGUUGAGCCAGCCAGGAUU